UAACAGCAUUUCCUGAGCUGGAUAACCCAGUGAUUUGUAAGAAAAGGAGGAAGGAGGAAAAAAAAAAAAAAUACAGAUAGGUGGAAAAAAAAAAAAAAAGUCAUUUGCAGACUUUGGAACUGGCCAUGGUGGGUUUUUGAGUGCUAGCUCCUGUGUCUCUGCUGGCCUGGGUGAGGAGGACACUGCCGCUCUGCAGAGGUCUCUGGGCUGGCAUUGCUGCUUAGGUGGCAGAGUUGGCACUAGGCUGUGCCCUUCCCUGUCUCUCCAGAUGCCAACCUGCCCCCACCCUCCUGCCAGCAGCAGCAGCCGCCUCUGCCGCUCUCCCAGGAUGUGAUCCCCCAUUCCCUUUGCCACACUCAGACCAUCCCUGCUUGGUGCCUGCACCCCACCCCUCCCCACACCAAGGGUGACAGCUGAUCUCCUGCCUGGAGCUGCCUGCUUUCCAUGGAGUGACUUGUUGGAGCUACUGGGACAUCUCAGAUGCUGACUGGCACCUCUCUGCCCCCCCUUAUUCCUCUAAUACAUAGAUAUUUGUCUUAUUCCCACUGGGAGGGGAGGGGGGCUCCUCUCUGGACCAACUCAUGAAGAACAAGGGCGCCAAAGCGAAGCUGAAGAGGAAAGGAGCUUUUGGAUGUGAUCUGACCGAGUUCCUGGAGACCUCUGGGCAGGAUGUUCCCCUGGUGUUGAAGAGCUGCGCAGAGUUCAUCGAGAGUCACGGCGUUGUGGAUGGAAUCUACCGGCUAUCAGGAAUAACGUCUAACAUACAGAAGCUGAGGCAGGAGUUUGGCUCAGAUCAAUGUCCAGACCUGACGAGAGAAGUUUACCUCCAGGACAUUCACUGCGUGGGGUCCCUGUGCAAACUCUACUUCCGGGAGCUCCCGAACCCCCUGCUCACCUACCAGCUCUACACCAAGUUCACAGACGCUGUAUCAUGCUCGGUGGAGGGAGACCAAUUGUCCCAAAUCCAAAAUGUCAUCGAGGAGCUGCCACCAUCGCAUUACAGGACCCUGGAAUACCUGAGCAGACAUCUGACACACAUCGCCUCCUUCAGCUCCACCACAAACAUGCACAUCCGGAACCUGGCCCUGGUCUGGGCUCCCAAUCUACUCCGGUCCAGAGAGAUCGAGGAUACCGGGUGUAACGGAGACGCGGCUUUCCUGGAAGUGCGGGUCCAGCAGGUGGUCAUCGAGUUUAUCCUCAACCAUGUGGAAGAGAUCUUCAAUAAAAGCCCGAUUUCCCCGACCAGGCAGCGGGACAGCGACGACCUUUUCCCAGCCGCCAAGGCACCACCUACAGAGUGCCGGAUAGUAAAGAGUAUGACGCUGCCGGUGGGAUCGCUGCCGAUGAAACUGGUCAGCUUGGAGGAGGCACAAGCCCGCAGCUUGUCAGCCACCCACCCUGCCCGGAGGGAGAGAAGGGAGAACAGUUUACCGGAGAUCGUCCCAGUCGGCGGGACUUUAUUCCACACCGUCAUCGACCUCCCGGAACACAAGAGGAAACUGUCCACCAAGUCUAAGAAAUGGAAAUCUAUAUUCAAUCUGGGUCGUUCCGGAACAGAAUCAAAGUCUAAAUUAAGCCGGAAUGGAAGUGUGUUUGUUAGAGGACAGAAAGAAAUGAGCGAGAAAGCUACAAUCCGACCGGCUAAGAGCAUGGACUCUCUGUGCUCCCUACCCGUGGAAGGUGAGGACGAGAAAGUGAGCCGAUUCAAGAGGUCCGUGGCCACCGGUGGCUUCUUCAUACCGGUCCUUAAAUCACGUGCCACGGGGACUGGUAGCACUUAUGAUGUCAGCAAGCAUGACAGCGAGUGGGACAGUGAAGAAGUAGCUGGCGCUACAGGAGGCUCCAGUCAGGAUAAAAGUACCCUCAAAACCUCUCAGCUGAAGCCACCACCUGAACAAAUGAAAGUUUUCCGAAUCGGUGAUGAUCUAGAAAAUGAGCAGAGCUCUCCAAAAGGAAGGAAGAUGUUUUAUACUACUAGCGAUGGUCCGGCCAAAUCCAGCUUCCCCGGGAGCCUAUUUCCUUUAGAAGCUUCUCCGAGACACCAACGGAGAGCUUUGAACAUCUCUGAACCAUUUGCCGUAUCUGUUCCCCUGCGGGUGUCGGCCGUCAUUAGUGCUAAUAGUACUCCCUGCAGAGGCAGUUCCAAGGAGCGCCACCAUCUCUCUAGCCUUGAAGAGUUACCACUACUGGAACCCGAUCCAGGAGUCAAGUCCCUAGCUGCAGAGUCAAAUAGCAGAACCGGUCUUAAAGCAGGAGCUCGUCCUACUGAUAUAACUGAACAUAUGAAGGUACAUGAGCCGCGGAGACCUUGUCUGAAAGAUCUCAGCCCAGACUUUUUUGAAGAAGAUGACAGAACGCUGACGCUCAAGGAAAUUUUGUUGGAAAUGUCCCAAUUACCUGACUUACUGCCCAGCUCCGCAGCAGAAAGAAAGCCGGCUGAUCUUACAUUGAUGUAUGUCAGUGAGCUACCUCAAGUCACAGACUUGGAGCCUAACAGCCCAGAAGUAGCCCCAACAAAGUCACCAGACAGGACUCCGAUCAAUAACCUGGACAAUCUAUCCGCCAAUAGCCAGGAGGACGAUGAGUCUGUCACUCUUCUGGACCCAGUUUGGUCAAACAUACAAGAUGAGCUGAAGAUCAUCGAGUCUGAAGAAGAGCUUGCUGUACAUUCGGAAAGUGCCUCAGAAUCCAAGAGAGCCCCAUCACCGCCUACUCCGAAUAAGAAUUCUGUAAAAACAAAUGACUCUUCUGAUGGAACAUCUGGACUGUAUGAAGAAAAAAAUACUUUAGACUCUUUGGCAGUGGCCACUGGUGGCAUCCGAGAGGACAGCAGAAACCAAAAAGAUGACUCAAUUCCUCCAAUUGCGACAGAACUGGAAAAUGGCAACGCCCUACCUCAAGAGGCCCAUCAAUGCACAGAGCAAGAUGAAGCGAUUAUUGAUAGACAGGAUUCACAGUUAAAUCCCAACACACCCGUUGAAGAUUCCAGUGCUGAAUACCCAAAGCUUCCACCCAUUGAAGUAGACAGCAAGGAUUCAGGACUAAAAAAAGAAGAAACUCAAACAGAAGGCGAUAACUUGCAAGUAAGUGUAGAUUUAGAAAGAGUAGAGGACUUGGAAAAUAAGCCAGUUGAGAGAAAAUCAAGCGAGUCUCUAGAGAAUGAUGAUGAACCUGGAGCGGAAAGUGCGCAACCCUUUGAGCUGGAAGAAUUGGAAGACCACCACUGGGUAACAAGCCCACUGCACUCUCCAAAAUUAAAGAAUAUUCUAGAGAAGGAGGAGGCAGAAAUACAGCCAAAAAGAAGAGGAACCACAGGGAAUUUGUAUAAAAAGCCAGAGUUCACACGUAGUCUAUCUCUUGACAGCAAAGACACUCGAACAAGUCAGUGGACGAUGAAACUUGCUGGAAUUAAGGCAGAUGGGAGUUAUUAUAUAAGAUCAAGGACUGAUUAUCUAUUUAACCAAAAGUUACAAAGUGAAUCCAGGCAGAUUGUAUCCAACCUGCCCGAAGUCCCUGUGCUUGGAAUAGAUAUUGAUUUCUGUUCUAAAACUGAGACCAUCGAGAGGACAUCACAUACUGAACCUGUGGUAAAACGUUCAUGGAUGAAGGCCAGUGAGUUUGUAACUCCUAAUGCCACACCACCUGCACUGCUGCUUGUAACCCCUAAUGCCACACCACCUGCACUGCCGCUAAAUUCCAAACAUAUUUUGCCUAAUGUCCAGGAGCUAAACACUUCCACCAAUGUUUGUGAUCUAGCUCAGCCAAAGGAGAACAGAAUUAUUGACAUUGAGGAUAAGUCUGAGAAGCCAAAAAUUCAACCAUCAUCAUUGAGCGUAGAUUCAGCACCCACGCCAGGGGACAUUUUUACAUUUGAAAGUGCAUCAGCUCCCGGUCCUGUUGAGGUAACAGGUCAUCAGGUCCAUCAUUCAAGUACAGAAACAACACUAUCAUUGCACAACCGAUCGCAAAGCCUGAAUCAGAAACCAAACCAAAGCACCGACUUGGAUUACACAUUGACAAGUCACACUCCAACAGGUCGCCGAAAUUCAGCUCCUGUGAGUGUUUCGGCAGUUAGGGCUUCUUUCAUGAUAAAAAUGUGCCAAGCCAAGGCUGUGCCAGUGAUACCACCAAAAGUCCAGUAUACUCAGAUACCACAGCCAUUACAGACAGUAAAUACAGAGUCUGAUGUUCCUCUGCUGGAGAAUACAGAUGUCGGGAAUGAGCCUGAUUCGGCUCCAAAGCCAAUUUUGCCCCCAAUUACGGGACUUAACAACAUUCCACAGAGCCCGAAGACAGAGAUUGAGGCUGUGGAGGAAAAGGAGAAUAGUGAUCCAGUUUCUGUAGACACUUCCUACCAUUCCAUUUUGAACUCUUCCAAUGACAGUAACCAUGGUGUUCCUCAAGAUGCUCCGGUCCUCCGGAGGAAGCGAACUUCAGAUGGGGAAGCUUCUGGGGACACGCCUUUGUCAUCCAAAAUGGAACGACCUUCUGGACUUUCAAAGUCUUCCUUUAGGUCCAGGCCAGGAAGGCCUCAAAGUCUCAUCCUGUUUAGCCCACCCUUCCCAGUUAUGGACCACCCCUCAGUUGACUCGAGAAUGUUUCUAGCACCCAUUAAAAGCCCAUCUCAGACCACCUCCCAAGAAUCCACAUAUGAAAGCCAGAGGACAGAUGGGGUUAUUCUCAGGAGUAAGAUGACAAUCCCCAAAAACGGUCAAAGACUAGAGACCUCCACAAGUUGUUUCUACCAACCACAACGGAGAUCUGUCAUCUUGGACAGUCGGAGUGGUAGGCAGAUUGAAUAGCAGCUACAGAGGGGGAUUCAGUGCAAUCCCACUCGUAUAAAAUGCUAAAAGGAUCUAUGCACUAUAGGAAAAAUCAGUUGUCUUGGGAACGUUUUACUCUCGCUGAUCCAACUGUAGAUCAUGCAAAGAUAAUCAUUUUUCUAGGUCAACCUGUAUGUUAUAAAGAAUUGUGCACAAUGACAAUGAAACACCUCUAGAGACUUAAGAGAUAUCCAGUGUUUAAGAUGUCAGUUCCUUCCCUGUUAACCUAUUUCUUUACCUCUUGGGGAUUAUAUAUAUUUUUCUAAUACAUUAACAGUAAUGUAUUGCUGCAGUGCAGCUUGCAUACUUAGACUAAUCAGGAGACGGUAAAGAUUUGUUACAGACAAGUUUUUACAUUCAGGUGUAAAUUAGCGCCGCCCUUGUGGAGCAGGUGUUUUGCAUCAGUGUAUGUAUAAAGUGUUAAUGGCACAGAUGUACAUUUUAAAGCCGGCGUUUGUACCAAGAGCCAAUGCUCGUACCGGCUGUCGACAACAAAAAUAGAAUUUAAAUUGGAAACUCGACAGCACUUUGCAAAAUACCUACAAUGCAAAACCUCUGUCAAAUAAUCCAAUUUCAAGUGCACCUAUUGGCUACGGACAGUGGAGGCAGACAAUUUGGGCCUUCGGAUCUUGCAAAAGCAUGCAGAAGGCAUUUGCAUUUUAGUUACACGGAUAUCCCUGGUUGCCCGUGAAUUGCGGCUGCAUUCUCAUGAAUAUUGGGUCCAGCCCACAAAAUUACUGCCGUCAUCGUGCGUAGGCACCAGGCGCACUUUAAUCAGAGCAACUAUUGUUUAUUUUAUUUUUUUAUAAUUAAGUAAACAUUUUAUAUGCAAUUAGGUUCAUAUGAAAGACUAUUGUAUAUUAUAUUAUACUAUAAUUAUAAGCUUUUGUCAACCGUUAGCUCCGCCUUACAGCUGUAUUUAACAUGAUGCUUUCUGCAAGAGAAACCUCUUUAAAGUUAGGCGAGCUAUGUCGAUUUUGAGGGUUGUAGUUGGUCAGAGGGGUUUCCACCUGCAGAUGAGUUUGAUUUAAUGGCUUGUGCACUCAGGCAACUUUUACUAAAGCCAUGUCUUUAAUCCAUGCCAACUAAAAAUGUUUGUGUUGGCCUUGGUUACGACGCAGUGCUGCUUCCAUACAGUUGUAUUUAAGGUAGAGAGCGCUGUGUUGUGUGAUGAUAUAAAUACAUGGCUGAAAAGCACAGAUUGAAGCCAGAAAGACCAAGCCAAGCAAUUAAAGUUAUCUGUAAAUGAAAACCUCCCUUUACCAUUGAAGUUGAGCUCUCUCCGGUGUUGUGUUGUGACAGACCAGACGUUUAUAAAGAGUAAAACAAUUGCCACUAAUAUAAUGGUGGAGUGGGGAUCGGCUGUAUUAUAUGUACACAGGUAAAAUAAGUAUACUGUCUGCGCUGUGUAACUAUUUGUGAUAUAUCUAAGCAGUGUUUCUGAAACGUACUUGUACAAUAAUAUAAAUAUGAAGAAUAUAAUUAAAUCUAUAUAAGUGGAAGUGGGGCAGUGAAGAAGACCCUUUAAUACCUGACCAGAAGUCUUGCAGAAAGAGGUGCUAAUUUAAUUUUUUUUUUUUUUUUUUAAAUCUUUCACAUUCUAAUAAAACUGGAAUCUAUAAAUGUAGUAUUGAAAUGUUCUCCAGGUGUGGGGGGCACGUACCCCACCGCUUGGGCACUGAGGGGUUAAAUUGCCCCCCGUCCUGCUUAGGUGGGUGGUGAAUAUUGAUGCGGCUGUUGGUGGUUCCGGCAGUUGUUUGCUGUUUGUUUCAUGUACUUUCUAGUCCAGUUUUUUUUUUUUACUGCAGUUUGUUCUUGAAAAUAAAAUCAUUUUUAUAAAAAAUAAAAUAAAAAUGGAUUUAAUUGG